CUAUUUAGAUAUUUGGAUCCUCAAAGGUAAAACAAUUAUUUGAAGUCCAGGUGGUGCAGACUAGACUAGCCCCGUUAGAACCAUAAAAUGAAUAAGAUCGAAACUUUGAUUCUGCUCAUAUCUGUAUCCGCACUUUAUACUGAUGCCCACAAGGCUAAGAAGGAAGAACUCGAUAAACAACAGAAGGCUGUCGAAGAAAACAAUGAAGCUGAAGAUCACGAAGCAGUAGGAGCCGAGUUCCCAGGCUUUGCCCUUCGUAUUCCUAUCCCUAAUAUAGGCGCUUUGGCUCACAUAAGACAACAAUUGGAAAAUCUCUUUCCUGGACCCAAGCAAGCGGACUAUAAACCUGGUAAAACUAAAACAACAACCACGUCAAAGAACUCGACUCAUGGUCCGUUCAAGACAUACAGUGUUACCGAGGAGACUGUGUCCACAGAUAACAAGAGCUCACCUCAUGUCUUGUCCAAGGUUUACAAGUCCAUCACGACCCUUGAUAAGGACAAACUGCUCAAAGGCAAAGAUGGAAAAGUGAAGAUUCCGUCCGCCAUGGAGUUCGAUUUCGGACCUUUUGGACCGCAAUUUCACGAUGAAGGCGGCAAGAAAUGCAGCGCAUCAUCUGAUUGUGACAAUGUGGAAUACUGUGACGCGUUUUUCGGUGUGUGUAAGAAGCGUCUGAGUGAUGGAGCUGCGUGCACUCAGAAAGACCAGUGUGAGGACAAAUUUAGAUGUACGUGGGGUCGCUGUAUAAAGAAUUCCGAGGAGGGAAGUUCAGGCACAUUCUGUGACUCGGACAGUGAUUGCCAUUCUGCUGACGAAGAACUCAGCUGCAGGGAGCAGGCGGAUAUCAGUCGUUACUUCCGCGUGUGUAUGGCCAAGUUAGGAGAAGGAGCCACUUGUGGCCACGUCGGCCUCUUUGAUUUGUUCAGACCAGCUGAGGAGGUGUCGAACUACUGCAAGAAGGGACUUGUGUGCAAGACUGUUGGGUUUUUCGGCCGUAAGGCUUGCAUCCGACCUGAGGAGACAAAGUCGAUCAACGAUGAAGUUUCGAAAAAGGAAAUAAAACCAAGCAAGGCCAAGAAAGCAGGCAAGAACAAGAAAAUAAAGUUUUAAACGACAAGACUCCAAUGGAAGCUACGUUAUCUUAACGAGAAAUAAUCUGGACGAGAAAUAAUUGAUUUGUAAAGAUAUAAAGUUGGAUAAAAUACAAUUAAAAAAAUUCAGUGUAAGUUAAAA